CAAAUUCAUUACCCUUCAUCAUCAUGUCAUCCGAAUUGGCAAACAAGAUUCAGAGAGAAAUUAAUGAGUGGAAGGAAGCUUUCCAAGAUGAUUAUUUCAAUCUAGAUGAUCCGUGGGUGAGAAGAUUUAAUUUUAAAUCUGAUGAUGAGUGGAUUGUUACUUGCCAGGCUGAUCUCGACUAUUCUGAAAGUUAUGAAACAAAGGUUUCCAUCACAAUUCCAAAAUCAUAUCCAACAGGUGAACAUAUUUGUAUAGUUGCAGAGGAGAGUCAUGAUAUUCCUGGAGAAAAUAUUCAAGAGGUUCUCUCUCAAGUAUUCCACAUGAUGAAAGUGCAGAGAGAAAAGUUUUUGGAAGAGAUUCCUACUCCUACACCAGGAACAUCACAUGGUCAUGGUGAUCAUAUAUUUGGUGGAGAUGAUGAUAUGGCCGAUGAAGAGGCAGUAUUUAUUGAUGACUCAUCAAUGGAAGAUGAUGAAAAACGUAAGAGAUUUGAGUCUAUUGAACAUGAUUUGACCGUUGUUAGAAAAACAAAAGGAUGGCUCGGUUGUAGAGGUGCAUCAGGAAUGGAUCAAAUCAAAGUAUAUUUAUUUACAAAUCCAAAUCGUUUGAAUAUUACUCCACUUCUUGCUGAAGCUUGGCAACUUGAUUUGGAAAAGUGGAUUUGUAUUACUAUUACUUUUUCAAAUUAUUACACUGAAUCUGCAACUAAACCAGUUGUUGAAGCAUUCCAAUGUGGUGAUGUUUCAAUUAGGGACGCAUAUUCUUUGAUCGAUAAUGGAAAGGUUAAAUUUGGUCUUUAUUGGACAGUUCAACAAAGACUUGAAAGAGAUUUCUUUGCAAUUUAUUGGCCAAUUGAACAAUACAGAAACACUCUUCAACCAAAGACUGGAAAGAAUUAUAUGGAAUACUUGUUAGAGUAUACUGAAUCUAUAAUCAAAACAAGUCCUUCAAAAUGUUUGAUUUGUGGAAAUAAGUUACCACUUGAAGGUAUCAAACCAAUGUGUUGUGAAAGUCCUCUUUGUAUAUUUUCUCAUGAACAAUAUGGUUUGGGUAUCGAUCUGGAAUCAGCUAUUAAGAAGAAUCCAGAUGUUGUAGAUUUAUUCGUUAGCGUGUGUUAUGCUGCUUCUGUAUCAUAUGUGAAUAGAGGAUUCAAUCCAUUCCAACCAUUCCCAAGCAAUUUGGAAAUCAAACUCAGAGAUAAGACCUCUGGACAAGUGAAGACAUAUAACUUUUUGACAAAUGAUGGUAAAGAUGACAAUGCAAAGGUUAGAGAAGUUCUUGACAAGGUACCAAACCUUAAAAUUUUAGAAGAAUGGGUUGACGAAGGUAAACUUAAAGAAAGAUGUGAUGAAAAGCAUCCAUUGGUUUACCCACUUUUGCGUUGGAUUUUGGCUUCUGCUCGUGUUCACAUGAAGAAACUUGUAGGCAAGGAACAACUUUCUGAAAUGAAAACAGACCAUCAAUACAUCUUGUUGAGCAGUACUCCUGACAAGGAAAGAAGAUUCCAAGAAUUGAAGAAGAAAUAUGGGUCAAUUCUUGCAUUCCAUGGCUCUGCCUUGGGUAACUGGCACUCAAUCAUGAGAAAAGGAUUGUUGAACUUGUCAAAUACAGGUGGGAUGGUUAAUGGAGCAGCUUAUGGAGCAGGAGUAUAUUUGGCAGGAAAUGCAAAUGUUUCCUUUGGUUAUAUGAGAUAUCAAUCAGGUUGGAACAAUUCCAUCACCUUCAAAUCCAAUCAAAUUGGAUGUUUGGCAUUGUGUGAAAUUUUGAAAGCUCCAGAGCUAAUUCAAAAAUAUGGUGACAAGAUGACUCCAAAUCCUUACUUUGUCAUUCCAAAUGAAGAACACUUGCAAACUCGUGCCUUCUUCAUUUACACAACUAAUCAAAACCAUAGCGUAGAAGGAAAGGAUUUGAAAUUACCAAAUGUGUCAUUCAAUUAAAUUUUCAUUCAUUG